UAACAAUCAACACGUGCGUGCGUGCGACAUUAACGUCACUCUAAAAACUGAUUGCCAGAUUGUUGUUAAAUUUUCCUAAUUCGUGACUAUAAUACACCGGUGACCAGACAAGAAAAUAUUUCAAGUCGAAGCAUUUCUAUGUGAUGCCAGUUGUUCGUAGUGCUAACCCGAUUCGCGCUAAAAGUUUAAUCAGGAAUAACUUGGAAAAGUCAAGUGUUCUCAAAAUACAAUCGAGAAUGCCGAACAUCAAAGUCUUCUCGGGAACAUCGCACCCGGAUUUGGCCCAACGCAUCGUUGACCGUCUCGGUAUCGAUCUGGGAAAAGUUGUUACAAAGAAAUUCAGCAACUUGGAAACAUGUGUCGAAAUUGGAGAAUCGGUACGUGGCGAGGAUGUUUAUAUUGUUCAAUCUGGAUCCGGUGAAAUCAAUGACAAUCUUAUGGAAUUGCUUAUCAUGAUAAAUGCAUGCAAGAUAGCAUCAGCAUCGCGUGUAACCGCCGUCAUUCCAUGCUUUCCAUAUGCCAGACAGGACAAAAAAGAUAAGAGUCGUGCACCAAUAUCGGCAAAAUUAGUGGCGAAUAUGUUGUCCGUUGCUGGUGCUGAUCACAUCAUAACAAUGGAUUUGCAUGCGUCACAAAUUCAGGGUUUCUUUGACAUACCCGUCGAUAAUUUAUACGCCGAACCGGCUGUUCUCAAAUGGAUAAAAGAAAACAUUCCCGAAUGGAGAAAUUCCAUCAUUGUGUCACCAGAUGCAGGCGGUGCAAAACGUGUUACAUCGAUCGCUGAUCGAUUAAACGUUGAGUUUGCUCUUAUUCACAAAGAGAGAAAGAAGGCUAACGAGGUGGCAUCAAUGGUGCUGGUUGGUGAUGUUAAAGAUAGAACUGCUAUUUUGGUUGACGACAUGGCUGAUACGUGUGGCACAACAUGCCAUGCAGCAGAAAAACUCAUGGAAGCUGGUGCUACUAAAGUAUAUGCCAUACUAACGCAUGGUAUAUUCUCUGGACCAGCCAUUUCUAGGAUAAAUAAUGCUUGUUUCGAGGCUGUUGUUGUUACAAAUACAAUUCCACAAGAUGGUCAUAUGCGCGACUGUCCCAAAAUUCAGUGCAUCGAUGUGUCGAUGAUGUUCGCCGAGGCCGUGCGUAGGACACACAAUGGUGAAAGUGUGUCUUAUCUGUUUUCAAAUGUUCCAUAUUAAGGACGGAAACUAUGAUCCGGAUUGAGCUCACCACACACAGACACAUCCAAUAGCAGCAGUACAGAAUUUGUUUUUGUUAAAGAAACAAACUCAAUCCGUAUCAACCAAUUGAAAUAUACAGUUUGAAUGCCUGGAGAUGGAUAAUAGUACGAGCAUAGGUUUUAAUUUAGAUAUUAGGGAAAAUGAAAUUAUAUUGGGAUCAAAUACAAUUCAUUUUGAUUCAUAUUUUGUGUGAGCGAGUUUAUAGAUCACAUUAAAAUUAUUAUUAUUAAAACAAAUAAGAUUAUAUUCCAUUGGAAAGUUUUAACAAAUUUUUAUAAAACAUCAUCUUGCAAACUGGGUUGAUUACAUUUCAUGUAAACGGCGUUGUGUGUAAAAAUUUUUUUUUUAAAUUUCUGUUUUCAUUUUUAUUUAGAAAAAAAUUUAUAAAAACUGUUGAAUGAAUCAGUAGAAAAGGAAUUUAAAUUAUAAUUUUAAAAGGUUAGUUAAUUAAGAUUAUACAAGCAGAGAGAACAUUAUUAUUAUAAAUGCAGCCGAGAUCCGUUUUGAAUCUCUAGCAAAAGCAAACCACUAAAUUGAAAGUUUUUUUUUAAUCAGACUUUUAGUGCCAUUUUUGUUGAAUUGAAAUAAAACAUGCGAUCGAAAAGAAGACAAUUCAUUGGAAACUAAAGACACAAACAGGAUAGUAACAUUCAUCAGAAAAAUGUUUUUUUUAGUAUUAAAAUCAAACUUUAAGAAAAAUCUAAUUAUUUUGUGUAAAGAGAAAGCAAAACACAAUUGACGAUUUGGAAUUAAUUUUGAUUUUGUACAAAAAUGUAUAAUUUUUCUCGAAAUUUUUUGUUGGAAAUAAUUUUGUUUUUAAAAAUAUUUUAUAAAUGUCAAUCAAUAUCUUCAAUAAGACAAUUUAUACAGCAGGAUUAUAUUAUCACUUCUUUUUGAUUCUUUUUUUAUAUUAAAGAGCAACAUUGCCAUAA